AUGGGUCCAUACAACUGGUUCGAUCUGCCCACGGAGAUCCGCUUCAGGAUUUUGGAUCUGUUGGCUAACACAGCAGCAGACAAGACCAAACGCAGGGCGUGGCCCAGCGUCUGCUGGGACUGGCGCCAUUUCUUCGAGGAUCGCAACUUCUCAAGCCUGGUGCUCCGGUCUUACACAGAUAUCCACACGUUCUCCGACUACGUCACCGAUCACCUCCGCGAGAAGGUCAAGCGCAUCAGACUGCAUGUGCCCCUCCAGGUCUACACCUGCAAAGAUUGCGACAGCCCGGAGGACGAUCGUAAUAUUAGAGCCAACAACGCAGCCUUCACUGGGCGACUUCUCGUGCUCCUAAACAAACUCGCCGAGUGGCAGCCCAGAGGCGGAGGGCUCACGCUUGAGAUCAGUGCCGCCUCAGCCAGCGAUACGGCGCACAUCCUGGACGACAUUACGAUUGGACGACAGCGACAUAACUGUAGGGUUUCUUUCGCCGUUCACGUAGGCUACUACCACGAUCCAGGCCUCCAUUUAGCCAAGCAACGGAUUCUUGGGAAACUUCUUGACACCGACACGAACAUCUACCCGAGAAGUCGCGGUGCCGAUUUGCGGUUCGACCAACUUCAAGUACCUGUUGUCACAAAUUUCGCAGUCAGCCGUGACUCGCGUCGGAGUCUUUCUGCAGAGGCGAUAGCUACCGUCUUCAGUUGUCUCCCAAGACUGCGAGAGGUCGUUUACGAGCCUUGGCGCGGUAUGACGAUAAAGGACAUAGGGCAGCGCAACCGGGCGACUCGACACCUGCUCCGACGCCUGCCAAAGACGGUGAGCAGCAUUUCACUGCAGGAAGCACGAGUGGAAUGCCUAAACGACGGCGUUGUGGCCGGCGAUGAUCCGCGUCUUACCUCCGCUUGGGAUGCCGUCCAUCGGUUAAAGGAGUCCCCAGAAACACCGCCCAUCCGCGAUAUGAUACUGGCACAGUGCCACAGAGACUUCAGCCUAGCCCUCGACGCCGUCGCAGCCUGCAAACAACUGCAGUCCUUCAGCGCAUCUUCGCCCGUCGACGCGUUAGAAUUCCUCCGCGGCUUCGGCGCCACCUCUCUGGGCAGGUACAACCAUCGCACGUGGCCGUUUCUCACGACGAUCAACUUGAGAACCGCGCGGGUGCUCGAACCCGAGCUGGGAAACGAGUUGUUCCUCGCAGCUGGGGGAGCGGCUGCCCAGAUGCCGCAGCUGAGGCUUAUGGAGCUUUGGGACGCGCGAGAGACGAUCGGGACUUUGCUACGCUACGAGGUGUGCGAUGUGCACACGGCACUGCAGCUGGAGACGACCAUAGACGGCUUCACUAUUGGUCUGGAUGCUCUGGAGGUUUGGAGGGCAAUGGUACGGGACCGGCAUGGGAAAGAAAUGAAGGACGAUACGACGGUUCUGAGUCAAGAUGUCGUCGCGACGUUGAGUCGAUUUCGUACGCGUCUCCGGCUGCGUGAGUCAGCCUUGGCUAGAGACUGGAACAUACUCGAUAUGUAUGAAACUGCUUGA